CACAAAAGAAAUAUCCAAAAUCAACGCGUUAAGAAAUUCGAUAAGUAUAACCGAUGUUUGACUGAGCCACUGGAUAAUGUCAAGGAUAACAAACUUUUUCGGCGUGUUGGGAUUAGGAUGUUUCUUCUCGGUGCUUUUAUUCUUCAAUGGGAAAUAUGACAGCCCUUCAAUGCACGAAAUGCAGCCGUCGGCAGCCUUUCUUGAGGCAGAGAAAAACAUUACCACAGCUGUUGAGAAACACGAUGAUUUUUCAUCGGAGAUUAUCAAUAAAAUCAUUGAUAAGCAAAGAAAAAUAAUCGGCAACGAUAUGAAGGACUACCAAUAUCCUAAUGAAGAAUACAGUGUGAGCGUCAGAAAACUUGAGGAUUUGGUGAUGGAAAAGAAUGGGACGCCGAUCAGAAGUGUAAUCGUGACAACCUGGCGAAGCGGAAGCACGUUUUUGGGCGAUAUUCUUAACGCACAUCCAGCAAAUUAUGACCAUUACGAGGCGCUGCUGGCUUUCGACAUCGUUCAAAUACGAGGUCCUCCCUUGGCUGAGAAGGCUUUGAAGUGGGUCAAGGAUUUGCUCAACUGCGAAUACCAAGAUCUAGAUGAAUAUAUCGACUAUGGAAGACCACAUCCAUGGGUUUUUAAUCACAAUACGAAUUUGUGGAAGCACUGUCAAGCUCACAAAGGGGUCUGCUAUAACCACAAAUUUCUCAGCUCGAUGUGCAAGCUCUUUCCAUUUCAAUCGAUGAAACUUGUACGACUAAGGCUACGAAUUGCUCAAGAGCUUCUUGCCGAUGAAAAAUUAGCCGUACGGAUCGUGCUGUUGGUGCGAGAUCCUCGCGGGAUUCUUCAGUCACGAAAACAUCGAGACUGGUGUCCUUCAAGUCCUGAUUGUUCCGAUCCAGCUUUGACGUGCGCGGAUCUGGUCUCAGAUUACAAAGUUGCUGUGGAACUGCUCAAGAAAUACCCAACCAGAUUCAAGGUGAUACGAUACGAAGACCUUUCUCUGGAUCCGUACAAACACGUCGAAGAACUAUACAAGUUUUAUGGACUCAACCUUCACCCGAAAACGAAAACAUUUCUCGAAUCUCAUACCAAAACCAACAAGGGUGGAGUAUCGAGUACCUUCCGAAAUUCAGCGACUGCUCCGUUUCAUUGGAGAACGGAAUUAGAAUUCGAGGAAGUAGAAGAAAUACAACAAUUAUGCUCAACUGCAAUGAAAUACUGGGGUUACGUUCCGGCAUCGAACGCUACUCAUCAGAAGGAAUUCAACCCUGUUACAAACUACACGUUGAAAUUGUAACUUUU